CUGAAAUCCCUUCUAGUGUCAAUACCACCCACACUGGCCCGCUGAUGGUCCUCAGAUAGACGUCGUCAGUUCUGGUCUAGUUAUGUCUCUUCGGAGAAGGCUGCGUUACCAAGUAGUAUGGGCUGUGGCAGUGCUUCUGUACGCCUUCGUCCAAGGCACCACAUUGGGGCCGACCAUAUCUUCCAGCACCACAACAAUACGAAAUUGGCAGCAGGAAGAGCAGAGAACGACACAGCCGACAAGGACGACUUCCCCGAUCCCCAGCUCUAGUCCUGGGGAGACCACAACCAAGAAGCCGAUGGCCAACGGGACGGAAGCACCCGCCGAGAAGUGCACUCCUCCAGCCAUCGAACAGUUCCCGAGGCCCAUCAUCGGCCCCACGGCGAGGAAGCAUGGAGCUCUCAUCUUCCACCUCAUCAUAUGCAUCUACUCCUUCAUCGGGCUGGCCAUCGUCUGCGAUGAGUACUUCGUCACCUCCUUGGACAGGAUAUGUGAAGUUCUGAAGCUGACCCCCGACGUCGCCGGAGCCACCUUCAUGGCCGCUGGAAGCUCCGCUCCAGAACUGGCCACUGUAGUCAUCGGAGUAUUCUUCGCUAAAGAUGACAUCGGGGUGUCGGGAGUGAUCGGAUCUGCGGUCUUCAACAUAAUGUUCGUCAUUGCCAUCUGCGCAGUCUUCGGUGGAACGGUCUCCUACCUCAACUGGUGGCCACUCUGCAGGGACUCGUUCUUCUACCUCGUGUCCAUAUUGGUCAUGCUUUUUGUGAUCUAUGACGAAACCAUCACAUGGGGAGAGAGUAUAUUCAUGCUCGUCAUGUACAUCAUAUAUUGCAUCUGCUUGACGUACAAUGCCGCCUUGGAGAAGUGGGCUCAGACUUGGCCGGUUCCUUGUAAAGCCGUCCAACAAGAGAACGAGGACCAGCACUUGGUUUCCUACAAGACACUGGAGGAGAAGGAAGGCUACAGCGCCACUCAGCAGCAGCAGCAGCAACUGGGCCAACCGGUAGCGGUGCCCAACGGUGGUAGUGAACAGCCGCCUCCCGUCCCACCUCCGCCCAAGCCGGAGUACUACAAGGCCAAAGAGCAGACCAACCAGGUAUCACCGCUGUUGAGGCCUGAAACUCAAGACCAAAUGAUCCUGUUGCAAUGGCGUCUCUGCUACCCCAUCCACUACACAGCUCAGGCAACUAUGCCGGACUGCAAGAGCGAAAAAUAUCACAACUGGUACCCAUUCACUUUCCUCAUAUCAAUGGUCUGGAUAUCCUUCUACUCUUAUAUUAUGGUCUGGAUGAUCACCAUAAUAGGAAGCACAUUGGGAAUUCCUGAUACAGUUAUGGGGCUAACUUUUGUUGCGGCUGGAGUCAGCGUACCAGAUGCUCUUUCCAGUUUGGCAGUAGUUAAAGAGGGCUAUGGGGAUAUGGCAGUUUCAAAUGCUGUGGGCAGCAAUGUAUUUGACAUUCUUGUUUGCUUGGGACUCCCUUGGUUUAUGAAGACAGCAAUUUUCAAUCCUGGCUCAACAGUCAGAGUAUACAGUAAAGGACUGACAUACUCAACUCUGACCUUGCUCUCAACAGUUGUUUUCUUGGUUGGUAUAACACAUCUUAAUGGUUGGAAAAUGGACAAACGGUAUGGAAUAAUACUCAUGCUUUGGUAUGUCUUCUUCAUCUGCUUUGCUUCACUUUAUGAACUGAAUGUGUUCGGAAACAUGAAUCCUCCUGAAUGUGGUAGUGACUAUUGAAUGUCAUUACAGCAAACUACCAAAGAACGAAUAUAUAGCUACAAUGUUUUAAUGCUUAAGUUAAGGGAACAUAAUGUAAGCCUUUAGGCAAUUUUAUUAUCAUUUGCAAUUAAGUUCCGUUCAAAUCGAAUGAAAAAAUAAAUUGUAUUUGUAAAAUAUUAUCUAGGAUAAGAAAGAACAUCAAAACAAAUUCUAUUUGUAAAAUAUUUUAAAUGAUAAGGACGAAUAAGUAACAUUUAUUGAAAUAGAAGAAAGUAUUUAGCAGAUUGUCUGAACAUUACAAUAUAAGACCAUUUCUAAAAAUAAAAAUUAUAACUGUUCUUAAAAAUUAAGCACAUCAUUUUUGACUGUGGUCAUGAUGUAAAAAUACAUCAGAUAGGUGCUCCUAAUGUAUAAGUAGAUGUUUUUAUAACAAAAAGAAACAAUAAUAAAUAAAUAAAAGCUUUUAAUGCAUGUACAUACUGAUAAAAGCUCAUAGUCAACAUAAAAAUGCUCUUAUAGUCAGCAAUUUUCUUUUUUUUUCAAUCUUUGUUGUUUUAACCUCACAUUUGUGUGUAAAUAUUAUGUAAAUACCAUUUAUGAAUGGGUAUAUUGCAACAGCUGAACUUCAAACUUCAGUUGGAAUAUAUAUAAUGCAAAAUUUUAUUUUAUUAGUUUAGUAUAAUAUAAAUUUUAUGGAAAAUAGAAGUUCGUAUUGUAAUAAAGAAGAUUUUUAAAUCAUAAAGUUUUUUUACUUUAAUUAAUUGGGAUGGAAAUUAUUGAACAUAGAAUCUUGAGACGAUUUUUUGUUCAAAAGUUCAAAUUUCAGGUUAACAAACCAUGACAUGAUUCAUGAUAAUUUAGAAGUUAGAUUUAUUAGAGUGUAAUAGUUAAAGGACUGUUACUAACAAAAAUCUUUCUUAAAAACAUAUAUUUUUAAAAAAGUUAGAAAUGAUAAUUUGCUUUAAAAGUAUUGCAUUGUGCUUCUUAAUUUUCUGUUUUAUAUGGCUACAAAUAAACUAAAAAACAUGUUUUUAAAAAAAUAAAAAAUUGUAAUAUAAUAAAAAGUGAUUGCACUGGGCUUCUUAAUGGAACAAAUACUUCAGGUCCUUGUUGGUUCCGCUUUAUUUUCUGUACAACAUAUGCUUCCCAAGUAAACAAAUUUAGUUUAUUUUCAAUUGAAUUUAAAAUAUAAUAAAGAUAUUAAUUUAUUUUUUUAAAUUUAAUUAUAUAAAAUAAAUUGGAAAAAAAAUUGUAUAGUGAUUUGUUAAAAAAUAGGCUUGGCAGACAAUGCACUUAAACUAUCUUUAAUUCAUAAACUAUUUGUAAAAUAUAAUCCUUUAUUAAAUAUUGUUCCAAAGUAUAUAGAAAAAAUAUAUGUAUAUAUUUAUGUCCACACAUAAAGUCAUAAAUCUUCACAUUAGAUUUACGAGAUCGUAGUAUAAGUGUCAUUAAGCUAGUUAAGAUAUGAACUAUUAUGUUCAAUAAGAAACUGAAGACAAUAACCUCAAGCCUUAUAAAAUCUUAGGAUGUAAGUUAAUAUAAAACAAAAAGAAUUUGUGAUGACUUCUAAAAAAACACAAAAACUAAAAGAAACUUUUUUUUUGUUAAUAUUUAAGGAAUUUAUCAUAGUCUUAUGUAAUAGUUAGAUUCUAAGUACAAAUAAUUUCCUUUCAAAUGAUAUCUUAAUUAAGAACACAAGGGAUUAAAUAUGGAUAAAAAAGUGGAGAUCAGUGAAUGUAUAGAUCAAAUUUCACGAAUCGAUUCAUUUCGUAAAAACAAAAUGUUAACAUUAAAUGUUUAACAGGAUAAAUAUGAAAGAUAUAUAAGUGGUUAAUAAAAUGUUAAGUAAUUAAUUGUAACUUAUAUUAGUAAUAGGAUGAUAAAAAGGAAGCGUUAAAUAAUAAAAAAAAAUAAUCCCCUCCCAAAAAAGUGCACCAUUGAAUAUAGAGCACAAAAAUAAUGUAAAGCACUAAAUAAAAUAUGUGGGAUAUAAACGUUAAUCUUUAAUGGUCAGAAAAUUUCCAAUUAAGGGCACUAGGCAUUGCAGCUUUUAUAUAACAUUUCAACUUAGUAAUUAAUUAAAAGGCUGCAAGUCAUCGGCAAUUUAAUGUAUUAAUGUAACAUAUAUUGAUGUGGUACUCAACUAAAUGUAUUCAAAAUAUAUAUCCUAAGUCUAUUCAGAUAAGAGGAAUGAUAUGAGGUUUGAUGUUUUCCCAGCAUGGUUUUCUUGCACAAAUGGUUAGAUAUUUAUAAAUAUUAUGUGUAUGUGCACUCCCAUUUGUCUAAUGUCCUAGACAGAAGAAUUACUUAGAGGAAAGAAAAUUUGAUGUGAUUUUAAUCAGUAUUGAAAUAUAUCUAAAAUAUAUAUUGUUGUUUCAGAUUAUAUUUAAUGUGAAUGCUUAAAUAUGUAACAAAAAAAAAUUUAUGAAGUUUAGCAGAUAAAUGCACUGCCUAUAAACAAUGUUUUAUGCCUAAGUACCAUUAAAAAGAGAAUGAAAUUAAUUUUAUGCUAUAGAUGUGUAGGAAAAGCUCUUAGUAGCUGGAUCUUAAUGUAAGUUGUUUAGUAUUGAGAUGGAAUGUUACUGUAAAAUACAUUGAUAUUAAUAAAGCUAUUGAAAAUGUUAUUUUUGUCAAUAGACGUAUACCUAGUAAAAUUCUCAGAGUACUAAUUAACUUUCACCAAAUAUUUAUUAAGACAUUUGGCAAAGAAAAAAAGUUACACUACAUUUACAUUCUAUAAAAAUUGAUUCGGAAUUCCACGCUAAUGACACAAUUUUCAACAUGCUGGAACGAAUCCUUGCCUUUACAGAUGACCUAACCCAAGUUGCGUAAUCCUAUGAGUCCCUUAAGAAUUUU